UCUUUUUUCUUUUUUCUUUUUUUUGUUUAUACAAAGGAAUAAUCCCCUGAAGCUUUUAAUUUAUAGAAGUCCUUCCUGAUUUCUGCUUUUCAAACCAGUCUGCGCUCCCCGACCGGAUCAUCCUGAACCACGCAGAAAGUUUGAGUCCUGCGUCCUGCAGUGAGCGCAGCUGUCCGGGAGCGCGGAGGGCGCGCGCGUUUCUGCGCUCUUAUCUGUAGGAUCUCUAUCCUGCUUUAACGAGGCACUUGACCUCCAUCGGCGCUCUUCUUCUCCCUGAGUGACGCAGAGAAAAGUGGGCUGGCGGAGCGCAAAGAGCAGCGCAGAACAGGGCAGUCGGUGCGCACCCAAACAUCACAAGUCAGCGGCGGACUCCUCGAGCGCCUGUCAGGAUUCUCUGAUGUUCCCUCGGUGUAGGAACCCGGCCGGCGGAGGCAUCGGCAUGUGUGAGGCGGGAAACCCGGACUCUUCCUGAAACUUGUGUGGCAGUGAGGUGGGGGGGUUGAUAAAACUUUUCCUUUAAUGAGAGUCUUUGCGCGCCUGGCACAUCUGGAUUCGUGGCUCAGCAGUGAAGUCCGACAGGACCUCAUCCGGCUCCCCUGUUGUUGUUUUUUUUUAUUCUUCCGUUUUUAAGACUUUUGGAAUUAGUUUGAUUUAACUGUCCUCUCCAAAACUUUACAACUUUCCAAACGCCUUUAUGCGUAAAUCCCGAGGCAGAAUGGAGCGAACAGUCCUCAGAGCAGCGUGCGUCCUGCUGCUUUUCUGCGUCUUGGGACAAAGGGUGGACUCUAAUGAAAUCCUGGGCCUGAAGCUGCCAAACAUCGAGCCCAUCCUUAACGCCAACACGGUGUGUCUGACGCUGCCCGGUUUGACGCGGCGCCAGCUGGAGGUGUGCAUGAGGAACCCAGACGUGACGGCCUCCGCCAUCCAGGGAAUCCAGAUCGCCAUCUACGAGUGCCAGCACCAGUUCAAGGGCCACCGCUGGAACUGCUCCAGCCUGGAGACGAGGAACAAAAUCCCCUACGACAGCAUCGUCUUCAAGAGAGGUUUUAGAGAAAGUGCCUUUGCGUAUGCCAUAGCGGCAGCCGGCGUUGUCCACGCGGUGGCCAACGCUUGCUCCAUGGGCAAACUGAAAGCAUGUGGCUGCGACGAGAAGCGACGUGGGGAUGAGGAGGCCUUUCGCCUCAAGGUGGAACGCCUGCAACUGGAGGCCAUUCAGAGAAGGAGGGGAAUGUCCCACGGCGUGAUGGAGCAUUUCCCAGCAGAACUGUCGGGACACCAUCAGGACACCUGGGAGUGGGGAGGCUGCAGCCCGGAUGUGGAAUUUGGAGAGAAGUUCUCGCGGGAUUUCCUUGAUGCCCGUGAAACCUACAGGGACAUCCACGCUCGCAUGAGGCUGCACAACAACAGAGUCGGGAGGCAGGUGGUGCUUGACCACAUGAGGAGGAAAUGCAAGUGCCACGGAACAUCGGGAAGCUGCCAGCUGAAGACCUGCUGGCAGGUCACCCCGGAGUUCCGGAAGGUGGGCUCCAUCCUCAAAGAGCGCUUCCACGUCGCCACCCUUAUCAAGGCUCACAACCGGAACACUGGACAGCUGGACCAUUCCCACCACAACAACCACAACCAUCACCACCACCAUCAUCAGCAUAACCACCACCACCACCAUUCGCACCGUCGAAGGCCUGGCAUCAACGAACUGGUGUUCUUCGAAAAGUCUCCUGAUUUCUGCGAACAGGAUCUAAGUUCGGACUCGGCCGGCACACAGGGCCGCAUCUGCAACAAGACCAGCCACGGCAUGGACAACUGUGAGAGCCUGUGCUGUGGGAGGGGCCACAAUAUUCUGCAGCAGACGCGGAGUGAACGCUGCAACUGCAAGUUCCACUGGUGCUGCUAUGUGGUCUGUGAGGAGUGCAGGAUAACAGAGUGGGUCAGCGUCUGCAAAUGAAGAAGCAUAAACUAAAAGAGCACAUUUAAAAUGAACUGGAGGAAAGACUUUAAUGAUGGAAUGGCUGUAAAAUUCUAUAAACAUUUGUGCAUUGGACUGCAGGGUUUCUCUGCAGAAGACACGUGCAAGGACGGAGCCAGCGGAUGAACACACGCGUCUGUCAACACAUCUUAGAAAUGCAUAAUGCCUUUCUCCUGAGACCAAACGCACCCCAAAUAGUUGUGUUUUACCCUCACAAACAAAAAAGGAACGGGACAGUCAGCAGCACUUGGCCAAAUUUACAGGAAUGUAAAAUCAACAUGAGAUUUAAACAUCCAACUUAAUACUUCAGACUUACCUUAGCACCAGAACAGCACUCCUACAACAUGUAAACGUCCCAUCCAUCCAUUUUGCAAUCCCUUUUAGGGUCAUAGGACUGCUGGAGCCUAUCCCAGCUACUGUCAGGGGUACAUCCUUGAAAGGGUGCCACACAACUACACACUCACAAACACACGCUCACAACUGAUGACAAUUUAGAAUCCUCAAUCCGCCUGAACCAUGUCUUUGGACUGUGGGUGGAAACCCGAGAGAAAACCCUCGCAUCCAUGAGGAUGUAUCCAACCACAUCACUCAAUAAAUUAUCCAUACAAAACAAAAGGACAGAUGUAUGGAGGAAGUUUUUUAACAGCACUUGGAGAUUUUGGGCUCAGUUCAAGAGUUAGUCUUGAAUAUUCAUUUAUAGCAACUAUUGUGUUGCACAUUAAUUACAUUACAUUUGUUGGACACUUUGUAGAUAUGCCACUCAAUGUUGCAUAGCUGCAUGUGGUAGAGUAUGUACACUCAGAGCAAAGGCACUCUAAAACCUCAGAAAUAGUAUUCAGUAUCACUUUUUAUGAAAAUAAAUUAAAAAAACGACAGACUGUGCAACUAUUAGACCACUGAGUUCCGCUCUUCGGUGUUGCUAGCUUGGAUUUGUCACCUAUCUAAUCUUAAACCCAAUGAAAACAAACAGUUUUAAAAAAACUACGCAAAAAUAUUGUGUGAUCACUGUUAAAAAAAGUGUUUGUCUGCAUUGCCCUCAGUGUUGAACGGAUUCCCUCUGUGUGAUGUGACGUCAAGCACAGGAAAUGCUCAUUUAGUUACCCCUUACACGUGAUCUGUAAAUAAAAAAAGAGCAGGUCUUCACAUAAAACCAAUCCUGGUGCUGCAGGGAACAAAGCACACUUGACCGAACAUCCCUACCAACCUCUUCAUAUGACAUAAAUCAAGGUGUUUCCUGUUUGGUGAUGCAAUCUCACCGUAUGCAGCACUGUGUGCUUCUUGUUAUGUAUCUGCCCUCACCUUCUUCACAGUGUUCCAGCGUGUGCUGCAGGGGUAUUUCCUUUUGCAUUUUUAAAGUCCAGAUAGUAGAUAUGGGUUUAUGUACAAUCAUAAGGUCUCAAAAACAUUUAUAAACAGUGUUUCUUAUCAAACAUUGUAAUUUCUUUCAAGGAAAAGUAUCUUUGUGUUAAAAGGAAAAGGAAAAUCUGGGAUUAUUUUCCAGUGUAAGAGACCUUCUCUGCCCUGAUAGGUAGUUUGCACGUACUAAACCAUGUCUAGGAAAACUCUGGGAAAAUAAUAACACUAUGCAUUUUUUGUGCUAAAUGUAAUGUAUGUUUGUAUUUUGUAUGUUUUAAUAUGGUUAUUAUCUAAGUUAUUUUAUUUUUGUGGAUAACUUAAUAUUUGUAAAACAAUAAAGAGAGACAAUGUUAAUGAGGCAACUUUA